AUGGUUAAAACUACGGUGCAAAGAAGACGUCAUACAAAUCUGAAAUUAGGGUGCCUCAAUUGCAAGCGGAAAAAAGUGCGUUGCGACGAAAGUUUACCCGAAUGCAAAAAUUGUUUGAAAGGUAAGAAAGAGACAUGUCUGUAUUUGAGUCUUACUAAUCAAGAAAUCCAAAAGAUCAAAUUAACUCAUCUGUUGAGAAAUUCUCAAAAUAAGUUGUUGGAUCAAAAGUAUCGAUUGCCAGCAAGUGGUGCAGCAACUACCAGUUCAAAACAUUCUUCAACUUCAUCGUCAAACGAAACAACAGGUGACAAAGAUUCAGAGACGUUCUCAUCUGGUGAUAUUCUUGAUUUUAAAUUUGAGUUAAAGGAUUUACCAAUAAACAUUCCAUCCAUUGCCUACCCUCCAUUACAAUUUGACAAUAUAUCUAUUAAUGACUUCAGCGGUGAUGGAGUGGUCCAUAAUGAUGUAAAUAAGACCAGUGAAGAAGACGAUGACGAUCAGGAAGAAUUCGAGGAAGUAAAUGGAAAUGGGAGAAACCAUAGCAAUUUGGCUGGUCUAAAUAAAUUUGAUAACGGGGUACAUUCUCCGACGACAUUUAAUUGUCUUAAUCGAAGUAUUUUCCGUCGAGUGCAUGCAGAUAGUGUGAAAACUAAAGUGCCAGCUGAUUUCAGUUUCCACGUUGUUUUGGGAAAAAGUAAUUUAUUGGAUCAUUUGAGUGAUAUGAUGUUGGAUACACCGGCAACUACGCAUCGCAAUGUGUUUUCGGAAUCGCUUUUGUGUCUUGGAGAAACAAUAAUAUUAAAAGUUUUCAAUAAGCGACAGAAGAUUUUGGGCACUUAUGACCACAGUGAACUAAAUUUCAUUUCUUGGCUAAACAAGAAAUGUUUAGAUAGACAUGGGUUUUGUCAAGAGGAAAUAAAAAAUGUGAUUACUUCCUUUCAUAAAAAUUUAGGAAAAGUAUCGAGUUGGGAACUUGAAAAACAAAUUCAUCUUGGUGCUUAUGUAAGUUAUUUAUUGAAUUUUGUUGUGUUGAUGUUGAAGUUUGGGGCUCAGGCUUAUUUUGAUUCGUCCAAGGGAAUUUUCCAAUCUUUUGAGGCAUUUUUAGCAUAUAUCCAGAAAUACACCAAUCAGCCUAGCACGACGGUGGAUUUUUUGAUGACUAAUAUUCAAUACAAUAUUAUGAGUAUUAAUGUUCCAUCAUACCCACCCCAAUUUUUAUUUGAAAUCGAAUCCAAUUUGAGAAGUUUAGAGUUUGUAUUUGUACGUCCAACUAUAUUCCAAGAUGAAUCUAUUAACCAACGUUUCCAAAAAAUUGAGUAUCAUUUCAAAUCAUUGAUCAAGUUUUUCAGUGGGUAUGUGUUACCUAUUGUGUAUGCGUCGCGUGAUGAGAAUUCUGUUUCCAUCUACCCACCAGAGGCAAUAUAUGAAAUAUUUCAGGAAUGGCAUACAAAUGUUCCCUCGGAAACAAUGAACCAUCAUCAAAGCAUUGACACUAAUAAUUUCCUGGAAUCAGAGUUUUUGAACGAUUUAUCAACCACAUUAUACAUGUACUAUUAUGCAGUUGCGGCUGCAUUGGAUGCUGUCUUCCCAGGGUGCAAAUAUCUUUAUGGUGUCAGCUUUAUGUUACCAACAAAUAAAUUCUUUCACAAUAUGAAAAUAAUGACUAUAAGUAAAGACAAUUUCUAUUUGGAACGACUAUAUCCAUUUAAAGUUGAUAUUUUGUUGCAACGUCAUGUAUUUUACGCAUCAAGGCUAUUUGGCUUUUUCAGAAGGAGGUUUUGCUUUUACCACAAUUACACUGAUUGGUCUAGUCCCUUUGAUGACAGCUUGAAAGCCAAUAGGUUUAAAUCAAGAACUAUUAGAAACAGUUUUGAAGCGCCAAUUCAUAGUUUCAACACCACCUUGAUACGUCCUGAGCACUAUCCUAUCCGCGACGAGAAAGUUUCUUUAGAGUCUAUUAAAGGAUACCCAAUAUACACUCGAGAAGACGACACAAUUAAACAGCAAUUUUAUGCUAGGAAUAUCGAAACUUUGGAUUUUUUCAAUUUGUCGCAGAUUCUACAAUACGAUUGUGAAUCGAUGUUGUUGCUUAGAGAUUAUCGACCAUUUGAUGAUCAAAUAGGUUUAACGAGAAGUUCAUUAGGUAUGGAUGUUAUUAAAGAUUACUAUAAUGAUAAAACAAUUAUACUAGAUAGUUUAUUUUCGUUGAAUAGAUAA